GCAAGCUUUGCGGCGAAGACGUCAACCACAAGAAAAGUCUGAUAAAUCUAACUAUGCAUCAAGACAUUUAAGUGCAGAGAGGUGGAAAUCAACCUUUGGAUAUUAUGAAUCGUUUUUCGUUUGGCUAUUCAUAUUUGGUUUAUACGUUGGUAUACUAUUUUUCGUUAGUUCGAGGUUCCAUCUGUUCCCCAAACCCCGCAUCGCGGACGACAGGCCAAUGGAUGGAGUAUUUUAUGAGGAUCUGGCACGUCGACAUUUAGAAACGGUGACAAGCUUUGGACAACGACCAACCGGUAGCGAUGCGAACGAAUUAUAUACCAAAAACUACAUUUUUAAAGAAUUACUGACGUUUAAAGAACAUCUGCACGAAUCGAAGGAGAUGUUGAUAGAUGUGCAAAACACGAGCGGAUCUUUUCAUUUGUACUUCAUCCAUACCGACUUUUAUAGUGUGUACAAGAACCUGAAGAACGUUGUGGUGAAGCUAGGGCCAGCUUCUGGAGCUACACACAGUGUUUUAAUGAACUGUCACUAUGAUACCAUGGUGGAUGCUAUAGGUGCAGGUGAUGAUAUGUCCAGUUGUGCGGUCAUGCUUGAAAUUGCUCGUUCACUAUCCCAAUCCAGUAAGCCACUGAUGCAUAAUAUCAUAUUCUUAUUCAAUGGAGCAGAGGAAAACCUUUUACAGGGUAGCCAUGGUUUUAUAACACAACACCCUUGGGCGAAGAGUAUCAAAGCUUUUAUCAAUCUGGACUCCGCUGGGGCUGGUGGAUGGGAAAUUGUCUUCCAAACAGGUCCCCAACAUCCCUGGUUGGUAAAGUUGUAUAUAGAAUCAGCUAUAUACCCUAGUGCCUCUGUCAUUAACCAGGAAAUCUUUGAGCUUGGUCUGGUCCCUGCUGACACAGACUAUCGCAUCUUCAGGGACUAUGGCAAGAUCCCUGGUUUGGAUAUUGCAUAUAUUUCCAAUGGCUAUGUUUAUCACACUAUGAAUGACGUCCCAGAAACCAUUCCUCCUGGGUGUUUACAGAGAGCAGGUGAAAACCUGUUGAGCAUUGUCCAGGCUCUUGCCACAAAUCCUAAGCUAGCUGACCCUGGGGAUGAUCGUCAUGGCUCUAUGGUGUUCUAUGACCUUGUUGGAUUGGUAGUUGUCCACUAUCCAAAACGUAUUGGUUCCAUCCUCAACUGUAUUGUCUCCUUUUGCACCUUCAUCUUACUGUGGAGGAAGGCUGCAUCUGGCCGGGUCCAAACAGGUACACAGCAUGCAAAGACAGAAAAUGGUUUUACCGAAAAUAACGCACAUUAUAGAGACGUUCCACUGAACCACAACUACAGAUUAUUAUGGUGGUUUUGUAUUUACAGGAACGCAGAGAGAACGCCACCAUCACAAGGUUCUGUGAGUGGUUUUGCACACUUGAAGAACAUGUUCGCUGCUUGUGUGGCGACGACAGCUACCUGGAUUGCGUGUAUACUGGUGGUGUUAGUAGGUGUGGCCUUGCCUCUCAGUCUGUUAGGCCGCUCCAUGUUCUGGUAUACCAAUACCUACCUCAUGUGGCCUCUGUUUGUCCUGCCUGGCUUUAUCACCAUCAUCAGCAUGCAGCAGUUCCUUAAACCCAGGCUUUUCAAGGGUCUGGAUCCGAUGUAUGUCGAGCGAAUCCUCUUUGACACUGUGUUAUGUGAGCUGGCCGUAGCUAACCUGAUCCUGACAUACAUUGGUCUGGGUAUGUCCUACCUGGUGAUGAUGUGGGUGCUGCUUCCACUGGUGCUGCGUGAGUGUGUCACACAGGUGACCUGUAUAAACUGGCGAGAUAACAAGAAGGCCAUGCUGAUAUUACACCUGAGUGGUAUGAUGGUUCCUCUGCUGUCCUCCAUAUACAUCAUCUACAUGUUUCUAAUCAUUAUUAUACCUACCAUGGGCCGAGUGGGGAGCACUGUCAACCCUGAUCUCGCACUAGCCGCACUAGUUACUGUAUUUGUACUGUCGUGUUGUCAGUACCUGUUUGGCCUGGUGUACCUUUGUGAUAUGAGACAUGUCUGGAGGACCCUGGGUGUUAUAUUUAUCCUAGGUUUACUAGCCGUUGUAUUUACACCUUUGGGGUUUCCCUUUAGUGGUGACAAGGACAAUCCAACCCCCCAAAGAUUUUCGCAUUUGCAUAUCAACAGAGAGAAUUACAAUCUGAAAGGAGAGUUAGUCCAUUCUGAUAGUGGUUUAUGGUACCUACCCCAGGACUACCUAAAAGACCAGCUGUAUCAGGAACACUUUCCUUUUAUCAAGACGGCUAGCGCAGAGUUGAGAGGACAUGGGCCCUACUAUGGCCUACCUUACUUUAUACCUAUAUUACACUUACUCAGUCCAAGAGACAGUAAAUACAUACCAUCACCUGCCAUCGACCCCAAGCCGAAGGUGAUGCCCUCACUCGUCAACAAACAGGCUAUAUCCCAAGACACUCUCCGACUCACAUUUGAAGUUACAGGUCCUGAUCACAUGACAGUAUACAUCCGCCCCCAGUCAGGUAUGGACUUAGUGGCCUGGUCCAUACUGCCUGACCCUCCACUGCCUGUCUUCACAUUCCCAGACAUGAAUGAGACGUCAUAUUUUGUGUACUACGGUCAUGGUGAAACCCCACAGGAGCCAUGGCAGUUUCAUAUUGAUAUACAGACCAUUACUGGACACUGGCCAGAGGACCAACAUGUUGUAGACAUUGCCUUCAGUGGUUACUACCUCCACGGCAAGUACAAGUCCACCCCCGAACUGGACGAACUCCACAGCAAGGUCUUACCUUGGAUGAUACCAAUUUCAUUUUCUGCAACCUAUGCAAGUUACCAGUUUUAACAUUUCCAUGACCACCAUUAGCAAGUCAACAAAGAAAUUUCCCACCGUAAAAAUUUAGACAAUAAUGAUUGUUUUGUUAAAUUUAAUAUGAACCUUUCAUGAAAACAUUAAAUAAUUUUUCAACAUUAUGAUAUUUUCUAACUUAAAUAAUUAUAAAGCUCAUAAUAACAUCAGAAAAUAGAAUUUAUAUAACCUUGAAUUUUAUGGAGAAAGGGUUAUGUUUCCAAUGCAUUAUCAACUUCAUACCUAUACAAACAACUGUUAACAGUGUAAUCAAUAUCUCCUCCAAUUUUCUAAAGCCAGUUCUUGUGUAUCAUACUGAAUGAAGAAAACCAUGUCACCAUUGUAGGAAAAGUACAGAGUCCUGGGCAAGUCUCAUUGGUUGUCAGCAAUAUACAAAAAGUUAGAGGGAAGUUUUACGAGUUUAAACAACUGACCCAGGGCUACUUAUAUAAAAUGUGGGCUAUGCUAGUGCACAAUGUUGAUAUUUUUGACAGGUGUUUGUUCACAUUAGGUAAUUAUCAUUACCUAUUCUGGUGUAACUGUAAAAGUGAAGAUUUGAGUAGUUAUAUAGAUAUGCAUGGUUUUCUACGUUGUCAUUUUUUUUUAUAAAAUCAUCUACUUUUAUUUAAAAGUGUUUUAAGUAAUAUUUUGUUAUGAGAUGUUUUGUUAUUGUUUCAAAAUCAAGUAAAGUCACCCGAGGUAAAGACUCGAGUGGCCUGUAUUGUAAUCACCUAUUGUCAGUCGUCAGUCAUUGUGUGUGUCAUUAAUCUGUAAACAAUUUACAUUUUUUUGGCUUCUUCUCAGAAACCACAGAAUCAGUUCUAAUGAAAUGAUAAUAAAAAAAUUGUGAAGUAAGGUCCCUCGGGCUCUAACGGGUGGGGCUAAGAUAAGUUAAAUUGGCUUCAACUUCUUCUUUAGACCUAGAUAACUCUGUGGUGAUGGAAGGAUAUUACCGGUAGGGUGCUCUUCAUUUCCUUUAGGUUCCACUUUCACCCCUGGGGAUGGAGUGAUGUUUAUAAUAGUUUAUAAUAUAUUAAAGAUUUUUUUUAUACUUUUGUGUGUAUUUUGUUAAUUUUCAAUAGGAAAUAAUUCAGACUUGAUUUUGUACUAUAACUUUGAAAUGACAGUUUGAUACUAUGAAAUUUCAAAUUCAACAAUCUUCUUUUAGAACCAGAUAACUUGGGGAGCAUUUAAAGGUGGUUUUACCUGGGAGUGUGGUGAAAUUUAUCUAUCGUAGCUUCAGUUCGAAAAUGAUAUAUUUGGGUAUAUUUUGUUCAUUUUUGGUUGGAAAUUCAAAAGAGAUUUCAGUUGAAAUAAAGGGAAGAGAUAUCAUACCAUUUAGCCCAAGCUACAUCGAAUAGGGACUUUUACAAUUACAAUAAGUAUAUUAAAUAAAUUACAUUUACUAGUUCUAUUAAUGCACUAAACAUAUCCAUUAAUUAAAGUCUUCAGAGAUCCAACUCUAAAUUCCUUUCCAUUGAAUUAUUCAGCGAUAAAAAAGGAUGUUAAGAGAUGUCCAAUAAUAAUGACGGCAAAUGAUCUGUGAUUGAUUUGUGUGACCUGUGAUGGUGUUGGCCAAGAUCCCUCUGGGAUGUCUCGUAAUCAAAAGCCAGUAUUCUUAAACUUUUUAUUUCAUUGUUUAUUUCUACUUGAUAUUAAUGAGUGCUCUGUUUUCGUUUUAGAGUAUAAUUAUUUUUUACUACUUUUUUGUUAUUUUCCUCAAAAGGGAAGAAACGAUUUAGGUGACCUGGUUUAAUUGAGUAUAAUAAAUGUCUGAUAUCUGUCAUAACAUGCCCAUUUUAUAAUGUGAUUACUUCUCAGCUGUAAUUCAGAAUUCAGUUAAACCUGUUAUAUACACCUGCAGGUUAACAGACAGGUUUGGCUUUCCAUGGUUCAACAUAAAAGUCCAAAAGAGGAUCAUUGUGGGAAAUUCAAAAAAACAACAUCUGAAUUCUAAUAACAGCACCAAACUGAUAUUUUGAUAUUGCCAAUGUGUAAAUUGUUUACAGUAGAAUAAUCUCCAAGAAACUCUCGUAGUCCUCUGUUGAACUGGAUAUCAUUUAUAUAUAGCGGUAAACAAUCUUCCUGUCUUCCUGUCAACCACUGGAAUGCCAAACUAUACCCAAAUAUCAAAGUUCAAUAGUGCUAACCUGUUUACAAGAAUUGUGACUUUUUUUAGGUGCUACAUUCGUGUUUCAAAAUGAUAUUACAGCAAUGUUGGAUCUCAGGAUAUCAACAACUUGUGUGUUCUAGAGUUUGACAUGUUACGUCAGAUCUCAGGAUAGUAUUAGUGUUUUAAUAAAUGUUUUUGUUAUGGUUCAACCUUCCAAUAUCUGCAAUUAAGUAAAUCAUAGAUAUUUAAGUUUCGAUUCAACUCUACCCAAACACUACUGUCUGUAUGUAUCGGCUGAGUAGAUCCCUGCAGUGUUAUAUCACAUCAGUCUGAUAACAUUGUCAGGAAGUAUCAAAUACUUAAUAGGUAGAAGUCUUUAUAAAAGCAUAAUAGUUUGUUUACCUUUCCUCCAAGGGUAAGGUGUCGCGUACAUAUCAGUUCUAUGUCAGCUGAGGAGUUCGUCUGUUUCAGUAUCAUUAUGUUAUGUAAUCAGUGGGUUGGAUUCCUGUUCAGCACAGGAAGGUUGUACAAACUCUAAAUGAUAUCUGUAUAUAUGUGCUCUCUUUGUUGUUGUUGAGGUCUUACUGUCACAGAAGUUUUCUCCUUCACCAUUCGUUCUGACUGAUCUCAUUGUUGAGAUGAAUUUUUAUGUGUAUACAUUCUUAAUAGCUGUGCGAGUAUCUUCAUGGUCUGUCUCCAUUUACAGGUGUUUUAUGUCACAUUCACGUUAUCUUUCCUAAAUACAUUAGUGUUGAAAAAUAAUGGUGUUGAUGAGUUUGUAGUACUAACUGAGAGUAGUGUUACAGAACACUGGGUCCACUAGUACUAACUGAGAGUAGUGUUACAGAACACAGGGUCCACUAGUACUAACUGAGAGUAGUGUUACAGAACACAGGGUCCACUAGUACUAACUGAGAGUAGUGUUACAGAACACAGGGUCCACACUAAGUAAUGAACAUGUGGCUUCACCCAAACAAAAGUGAUGCCCAUCAUCAAUAUUCCAUUUAAGGACAUUACCUUUGAUCAUUUUAUUCUGACUUUAUAUAUGAAAGUAUAACCCGUUAUGAACAGAGAGGCAUGAUAUCAGUAAAACCACAAGUUUUGAUGUCUGUAAUGAAGCCCAGCAGAAUCUCGUGCUAGGUAUACAGCUUACAUUGAUUUUUUACCGUAAAAGGAAAUAAGACGCCAAGGGUUUAUUCCAGAAAAUAAACAGAUAACAUAAAAUACUUAUUGUUGAUGAGGUGAAUAUGAAAUAUGAUGAUGAUAGUGCAACUUACUGGAAACUCAUCCUAGUUUAAAUGUUUAGUUAUACACUGAAUUAUUUGUAUGUAACUGAUGUAUUUUGUUCUGGUAUUGUGCUCUCAGCUGUUCCAUAACUGUCAGAAAUCCAAUCAAUACCCAUUAAUGCAGUAUUAUCAUUAAAACGUCUUGAGCCUGAAAUCCACCCGGAAUACAGCCUCUUGAAUUUUCAAUUACAAAUUUGUAAAGUAAGGUAAUAUAUCUCGAUUUUAUAUUGUCAUUUUUAUCCUCAUCUAAUCAGAUAGGAGUGGUAUAUCUUAACUAAAUCAACUUUGAUCAGUUUUACCACUAAACAACAUGAUUAAUAUAUGACAGUAUUACUUUAAUCAGGUGAUUUAUUUCAAUUAUUUUUCAUUCGUUUCAUUAUGAUUAUACUGCUUGUAAUUUUAAAGGUUAAUUUGAUGCAUAUUGUCUCCGAUUAUGAUUCAAAUAUUUCAGGCAAAUUAAGGCACAGGUAUUUGCCCUGGUGCUUACAAACGGAUUUUUAUUAUUUGUGAAUACAAAUUAAAAAAAAAAUAUUUCAGGGAAUUCCCUAACGAAAAAUGAAACCUGUUGUCUCCACCAGACUCAUAAUUUACACAUAAAUAAUUAUUAGCAGGUAAUCAAAAGAAAUAAGUUAAACAGUGCAAGGUAAAAUUAUAUAUUACCCCACUGUCUUCAUUAUUAAAUCAUUAAUUAGGCAACUCUGUUGCAUACAUACAACACAAGCAUAAAUUCUAUUUGUUUAAAUGAAGGGUCCAAGUUGAAACCUAUUUGUAUCUUGUAUCACUGUGAAAUGUAUAUCAAGUUUGAUGUUGUAUAAAUAUGUUGUAACCACACUCAAGUUUUGCUAAAUACUCUUACUUGUAAGUUUGAUACAAAAGAUGUAUCAUUUUAUCUGUUAAUAUUCAUGUUAAUUUAUUUUAAUUAUAUGGUUUUAGGUGUUAAGGUCUUUACCUUCUGCAACUUUUUAACUCAACUAAUUUUUAAGUGAGAUACAUGAAGAUCAGGGAGAAGCCAGCUAUGAUGUGUUAUUGGACAUUAUUUUCGCUAACAUUAUUUUCGCUUUACAUCUUGUAUGAAUGUAUGAAUAGCUAAAAUGUUGAUUUUAUGAUGUAUAAUUAUACUUUUACAUCGCUGUAGUCUUUCAGAUUUGUAUCAAUGUCCUUAUUAAUUACAUUUUCAACAGUAUAAUGUACACUUAACAUGCUGCUAUAUCCCUGUAUUGAUCAAUCCAUGUGUGUUCAUAGUUCAUCAGACAUUUGUACGUCAGCAUAUUAACGUAUGGAUCUUCUCUGUUAGACUUGUGUCAGACUGUUCAGUGUCACAUAGCCCUUGUAUGUUUCAUUUCAACAACUAUGCAUCACGUUGUCACUUUGGUAUUUAUUUAUUAUCAUUAAUGUCAACUUGGUGUUUGUUUAUUUUCUUUCUCGAGUUAUUACUAUUACUGUCAACUUGGUAUUUGUUUAUUUUCUUUCUCGAGUUAUUACUAUUACUGUCAACUUGGUGUUUGUUUAUUUUCUUUCUCGAUUUUUUAUUGUUCAUGCUGAUGCUAGACACAGAUGUUUUUGUGUAUGUACUAUAUUCUGCAGAUAUAUUGGAAAAAGAAUGAUUUGAGGAAUUUUUACUUUUUCAAUAUUGAAUAUGUGUUAACUAUUUUGAUAGUUAACACCGAUUAUCCUUUUAACGAGGAUUGUAAAUUUGAUGAAACGAAGAACAUGUUAUGAAACUAGUUAAGAUACUGAUUUCUUUACUGGAAGAAACAAUCUUAUUUCAUUUUUUACAAUUUUUCAAAUAUUGAAAUUAACUGAGAUUGGAACUUAUUAUAUGUUUACUAAAUUUGAAAUGUGUUAAUAUUUUUAUGUGUGGUAGAUUUACAAAUUGUAAAUUAUUUCAAAAAUGAUUUUAUUUGUUUUGGACAGAAAUGACUUUGAUAUGUUGAAAGAUUUUUUAUAUUGCAUAAUUUUGGUAUAGUCUGAACCUGUAAUCUGGUAUGUUAAUGUUAUUUGCUAGCUAAAGAUAUAUAAGUUAUCUGUUUCAAUUAUGUUUCGGUAUAGUGUAUAAUGAACGGAGCAAGAUACUUAAUUUUGCCUGCUUUUUAUUUAAUGAAUUUGUUUUAUUGCUUGUGCAUUAUUAUUAACAUUGAUUUUACAUUUUAUUUUAGCUAUAUUUUACAUUUACAUUACCAGCUUCUCUUACUACAGAAAUAUGAAGUAAGAAAUCACGUGCCGCCAGCUUGCCCCAACAAUUAUGACAUAAGUGUUCAAUAUAUGCUCAAAAUGACAAAGAUAUGUUAAUGGAGGUAUGAAGUUGGUACCGAAUCACCAUAAGUAUCAAAAUAGCCCAAAUCCAACCGAUAUUUUCUCUCUCAAUAUAACAAUAGCAAUAUAUAAUUGGUACUUAGUUUUAUGGAAUAUAUAUACCAUAAAGGUACAUAUUUUACUGAUAAUCUUAUUUUAGAUUUUUUUGCAUUGAAAGACUUCUGUUAAAUUAUGAUUGUGCCAAUCACAGUUUCUGUAUAUUGUUUUCUGUGACAAGUACUGUUGGUGCACUAGUCUGUUAAGGUACAGAUAGGGGCCAAAUCUUGAGUGCGUCAUCAACAUCAGUAACGACUUUUGUCAGUUUACUGUCAGACUAGUCAAACUGAUAUAUGAUUGUGUGUGUAGGUAUCAUGGUUUUUGUUCUGUUCUAAAAAUGACACAUAUUAUUUGCAGUAAGAUUAUUCUAACUAGAUUCUAAUUAUAUUCCAGUUGUUCUGUGUAUAUAAUGAAGGGUAAAUAAUGUGUGUUAAUAUUGUUUCCCAUAAGCACAAUGUAUUAUACUGUUUAGUGUUAUAUCAUCUGACUUAUUACAAGUGUGCAAUUUUUUAAUGUAAUUUUAACAAUUGCAUUAUUCCAUACAGAUGCAUGAAGCAAACUUGUACAAAGAUUAAAAAGGAAUGCUUAGUAUAUGAAAACUUCUAGACGUUAAGGGAAAUCUGUAGUUAAGAAAUGAACUACCGUAAUGACUUGAGGACUCUGAUGAUCUUAGCUUAGUAAACUGUGGUACAGUAACUUAGAGAUUUGUACCAUAUUAAGCAUAUGAUGAGAUUGAUUUGAGAGCUAUGAUUGUCUGAGGUGGCGAUCCACUACAUGUUCCUGUCAAACUAAUAUGAUACUUGUGCUAUUGUUGGGUUUAUGCAUAACCAUUGGUGUUCUGAUAAUGGUAAGAAACUACUUGCCCGUGACGACAGGCGUAUACAUGUUUAUUUAGUGUGAUAACAACGCCUUAAAGUACCACAUGUUAAAAUCGACAAUUUACAUUCUGAAGGAAUAAAUAUCCAUUUUGAAAAUGAUAAUAAAGAAAAAUAUACGAAUUAUAUUCAUUAUACAUUUCGGACUGGAACUGGAUGUUGUGUACAUAACGAAAAUAAGUCGAUUUCUUACUUGGUUUUUAUUUUUUUAAUUAUUUUAGAAGCAAACAAGUAUGUUUUGCUUAUACGUUAAACACGUGAUAUAUAUUGACAUGAACUAUUGUGUCAAACCAUGAUUAUUUACAUAACAUACAUUACAACGAUAAAUUUGUAUGUAUUCUUAUUUUGUUGUUAAUAGGCGUGUGUCUAUAAAUAGCGAUCAUUGUGAUGGCUAUGCAAA